CCUGGAAGGCAAGAGGCAGAACCAGUUCCACCUCUCGGGCGUUAAGGACGGCCUUUUUCUCCCACCCUCUUCGCUUACCUCUCGGUCUUUCCUCCACCCUUCCAGGCAAAAUAAGCAGCCUGCCCUUAUCGCCUGUUGAAAGUGCUAACAAGAAGUUUCUGGCACGGCGCCCCGUUCUGUCCAGAAAGGCAAACACGCUGGUGGAAAGCCAGACAUAGCUGCCUCUUGGCUCGCAACUCACAGUUGUUUCUCUGCACCAGAGCUGGGCUUAACCGACAGGCAGGGAUGGAGAACUUGAGUAACCUCUUCAAGCAAAAGGCCACCGAGCAGCAUCACAGAGCGGAGGUCAUGAUCGCAGGAGAACAGCUCAGGCUUCGUCUUCAUGACGGCAAGCUUAUAAAGGAUCGCCGUUAUCACCUCCGCACCUACCCGAAUUGCUUCGUGGCCAAGGAGCUCAUCGACUGGUUGAUUGACCACAAAGAGGCCCCUGACCGUGAGACAGGCAUCCGGCUGAUGCAGAAGCUCAUGGACCAUGACAUUCUUCACCACGUGUGUGACGAACAUUCGGACUACAAGGACGCUAAGCUGCUCUAUCGCUUCCGCAAGGAUGAUGGGACCUUCCCGCUCAACAAGGAAGUCAAGGUGUUCCUGAGAGGACAAAGCCUCUACGAGACGCUGAUUGGCAUGGACAACUCCAUUCUCAAAGCCAGAGAAGAGAACCUGGUUAAAUACCAGAGGAGCUUUUUGGGGUGUGAAAUGGUUGACUGGCUGGUGGAGGAAGGGGAGGUCGCCAACCGGAAGGAAGCUACGGAGCUCUGCCAAACCCUCCUUGAACACGGGAUUAUCCAGCAAGUCUCCGCUCAGUGCCAUUUUUAUGACCGGGAUCUCCUCUACCAGUUUCGUAUCAAUUUCCGCCGUAGGAGGCGACUCACAGAACUGCUCAGUGAAAGUUUGCACAGGUCACUUUCGGACAGUCCCGACAGCCCCUUCUGUCUCCGCAAGCUCAACCCCGAGCAAGACCCCUCCAGCUUCUUGUCAGUCCAAACUAAUAAGGAAAUCAAAAUUGUCUCGGCUGUCCGAAGAAGCAGUGUGACCUCCUUGGCUGGAGGAUCCAGUCUCUAUUACAACCUCUCCCCAAACCUGGGACUGGUGCCUGCUGUGGAGUGCAAUCCUAAAUCUGGUGAGCCAUUCUUCCUUAUGUCUACGGAGGUUCUCAGUCCUCCAGGUCCUGGUUGUCCCAAAGGUGCUUUUUUUCCAAGAGGCAACCGGACUUUCUGGUUUUUCUUUGAAGACGUUUCGCUUCUCAUCCAAGAAGCUUCUUCAUUCUUCCUUAUGUUUACUUUUCUUUUUAAAAAAAGUGGAACAUGAAACAAGAGGCGGCCUCACAGGUGGUGAUUGUAUACAGGUAAUCCUCGAUUUACAACCAUUCGUUU